AUGAGUGGUGGCUCUGCAGGAGGAGGCAGGAACCGGCCGGCUCCGUACAGCAGGCCUAUACAACUUCCCAACAAGGGGCAGCAUGACCGAUUCGACAGCCGCUUCUGUGGUGGAGCCAGCUUGGAGAUGGGCGGAAAGCUGUUGGUGUCAAACCUUGACUGCGGGGUGUCAGACGCGGAUAUUCUGGAACUCUUCUCAGUGUUUGGAACACUGAAGACAGCAGCUGUGCACUACGAUCGCUCCGGACGAAGUUUAGGGACAGCCCAAGUGCACUUUCGACAGAAGGCAGAUGCUCUGAAGGCUAUGAAACAGUACAAUGGUGUCCCUUUAGAUGGCCGCCCCAUGAACAUUCAGCUUGUGACAUCACAGACUGACUCACAAAGAAAACCCGCACAGAGAAUGAUCAGAGGUUCCAUGAGUAGAAACCAUGGCUCAUGGUGUUUUGGUGGCGGUCUCAUCCGGAGAGGGACCCGUGGAGGCAGCCCUGGAAGAGGUAGAGGAGGUUCGAGCAGGAACUCCAAGGAGCCUCUUUCUGCCGAGCAGUUGGAUGCACAGCUGGAUGAGUACAAUGCACAGAUGGACACCAGUUAAACAGCCGGGCAAAUCCACAGAAGUGACAGGACCCAGAAGCUUCGUCCGUAAUCCCUCGAGGGAGGGUUGGCAACUGGACUGUGCACACAAUGGGGGAUUUCUUUUUCGUUUGAUUCUCUCUCUCUCUCUCUCUCUUUUCCCUGUUUUAAAAUGGGAUCUAAAAACUCAUGUAAAGGCUUUCUUCCCCUCUUUUUUUAAUUCUGAAACCGACCUGUUUUGUACCGAGUCACUUUGGCGAUCAGUUUUACUGGUGACUGUUGUGGAGAAGGUGGCAUGUUCACCUUUGCCAUAAUAAACUAGAAUUGUGUGUAGGAAAGAAAAUAAAAAGAGAAUUCUGGCUUCAAAA